AUGUUUGUUUUACCUCCUCCUCCACGCUACCCUUCCCUCAAUGCAUAUAACGCUGCCGUUGCGAAUGGCAAUGCUCCGACCCUCAUUGAGACCAACAACAUCCUGUCCCACCCGUCAGGACCCGAAUACCAAUUGAUUGUGGGCGAAGGAACCUACGUCCUGAAAGAAGACCUACAUCUAUCAACACCACCCCCACAUCCUUCCGAAGCUCCAAUUAUCAAUCCAAAUCCUCUCGCGACAACGCCCCAACCUGCGACAGCUGGAACCAAGAUCUCGCUACUUUCCUUCAGCUCCAAGAGCUCGGCACCACUCUUGAACCGAGUCGAUACAAAUAGGAGUGCGAUAUCAGGAGCCUUAGACACUAGUAUUCAAGAAUAUCCCAGCGAGGAGCGUGCUUCCGGAGACAUUGUUGCUGGCAGUAGCGAUGGAGGACGUACUUCAGUCACCGGAAGUGCGAGAGCGACAGUAUCCAUUGGUUCUGCUCCGGCAUUUGGGGAAGGUAACUCAAUGCUGUCUGCCACUGGGAAAGAUGCCGGGAAGAAAAAGAAGCCGAAAAACAAUAUUGCGAAGAGCAAUUCAUCCUUUAUUUCACGGUGUAUAGUAAAUGAAAACAUAGGUAAACGGAUACAGGAGAGGCCAGCAGAUGGGUAUUUUGCUUUCGCGAACAUCAAUCGAGCCUUCCAGUGGCUUGACCUGUCAUCUGCCCAAAAGGCAGAACACUUGACUAAGAUUCUGUUUACCAAGGGCCACUGCCUUUGCCAUGACAUCAACCAGGUUACAAAGGCUCCAAGCCACAUCGACCUUAUAAUGGGAUUCUCGACGGGUGAAAUUAUUUGGUUCGAGCCUAUAUCUCAGAAGUACACUCGAUUAAACAAGAACGGAAUUAUCAACGCAACACCCGUUUCAGAGAUACGUUGGAUACCUGGAUCCGAAAACCUCUUCCUUGCAGCACAUAUGGACGGCUCUCUUGUUGUGUACGACAAGGAGAAAGAAGACUUGGCGUUCCUUCCCGAAGAAAACGGAAACCACACCAAUGGCGACUCUGAAGCCAACGAAUUCGAUGAGCCAGGUAUCAAAACGAAGCUCCAUGUUGAUAAGUCUGUGCACUCCAAGAACCAGAAGUUUAACCCUGUGUCUUUUUGGAAACUUUCAAAUCAACGCAUCAACGCCUUCGCAUUCUCUCCAGACAACAGACACAUUGCUGUGGUGUCCGAAGAUGGAACGCUGCGGAUCAUCGAUUAUCUGAAAGAACAGCUUCGGGACAUCUACGCAAGCUACUACGGUGGUUUCCUAUGUGUGUGCUGGUCUCCCGACGGUAAGUAUGUUCUUACAGGCGGCCAAGACGACCUCGUGUCCAUCUGGUCAGUUGCCGAGUCUACGAUAGUAGCACGCUGCCAAGGACACCAAUCUUGGGUCACGGCUGUAUGCUUCGAUCCGUGGCGCUGUGAUGACCGGAACUACCGUUUUGGUAGUGUUGGUGAAGAUUGUAGGCUCCUGUUGUGGGAUUUUAGCGUAGGGAUGCUGCACCGUCCAAAAGCUGUGUCUGUAAGGCGCAAAGAGAGCAUAUCCUCACGAUUUGCAAACCCGCUUCAGAGAGCAGAAACUCAGAACACAACGACAAGCAUGCUUAGGUCGAAUUCCAGUCUUUCUGCUGAGGGUGACGUCGAGCAUAUGAUCGAGCAUCCAGUGGAGCCUAGAGCAAAUACUGCUAUGCUGCCACCUGUCAUGUCGAAAAUUAUCGACCCAGACCCACUGUGCUGGCUAGAAUUUACGGAAGAUUCUAUCCUCACGAGUUGCAAGAGUGGUCACAUUCGAACAUGGGAUCGACCCCGAGAUGGCAUGAACCAGAGUGAAGCCACUUUGUACUCCAACUAA